AUGGUCACCCCUCCUCAUACACCACAAUCACAGAAGUCACAAAUGCUGCCGCCAGAUACAGCUGUAUUCGCUCGUCAUACGUCACAAGCGGAUUACCGCACGGGGGAUCUGAAACUAGGUUGCAUUGCUGUUCUCGCUGAUUUGGGAAGGUAUCUGCAGGUUCCGUUCGAUUGCCUAGUGAAAUGUGUCGGUGCCAUGCCCUCUCAGCAGGAUCUGCCGCGAAUACGCAACAACUUGACCAACAAAGAGAGCAAGAUUCUCACCGACGACGAGAGUGGCCUGCGAUGGACGGACUUUACCCCACCUGCCAAAUCGAAAGGGUCCGAAGAGAAUGUGUUUAAGCCCCUCGGUCGCAUCAUCUCCGAAAUUUUGGCAGAAGUCCCGAAUCGCAGAGUAUCCUUCCUAGCGAACCCAAACGGAACACCCCUCUCGCAGCGCAACAAUACUUCCAGGCCUGAUGGAUACCUUGUACUUAGCGAUAAACAAUCUGAGGCCAAGAUGCAUUGGUUCGACAUUGCCGUACCAUUCGAGUUCAAGAAGGAACAGGAUACCGAGUCUCUCCGAGACGAUGAACAGAAUAUAAUCUGGAGCCUUCACAGUAUCAUGCAGGAGGAUCCCUGUAGGCGGUUUGCAUUCGUUACAGAACCUAUCGACUUUUUUCAGAACAUCGAUGGUGUUAUCUCUCUCUUUUACGCUCUUGGAUCUGCGUCUGCGUCUUCUACUAUAAAUGAGCUCGGAUGGGACCCCACUGUCGAGCGGAUCCGUGACGGGAAGAAAAUCCAAUAUAAAUUCACUAUCGGGGACGAAGUGUUCACCACGACGCGUGAACUUGCAACCUAUGGCGCAGACUCUAUGGUUGGGCGUGGAACUCGUGUGUACGAAGCCACGGACGCCGGGGGGAAGAAGGUUGCCAUUAAAGAUUCAUGGAGAGAAGUUGAACGUCAAUCAGAGGGCGAGAUCCUAGAAAGCAUCCUGGCUUCCUGUGCGGAGAAGCUGCAAGCGGAGGAGUUGGCGGAUGCCAAGAGGUACUUUGUUGGAAUCCGACUCUGGAAGGAUGUCAUGAUCGACGAUACCCCAGACGUGACGCUGGACCCGCUGGUUGGAGAAGAGCAUAAUCGUAGCUGGAAGUGGGUGUCCAUCGAUCUCCAGCCCAUCCUCUCUGCAAGACCACAUUUACCUAGCGCAGGCAAUAUACCCGACUCUGGUCGACUGUCCGCCUUUCUUCCCACACAAUUGGGCGGUAUUGCGCGAAAUGACACCGGCAUCCCACGCAGAGUUCAUACUCGCACUGUCUUCAAUGAUGUUGGAGUCGCUGUCAAGGAUGUCACCUCUUUGGCCGACAACCUGACUUGCUUGUCUGACGGACUUAAGGCCCUGUAUUAUAUGCACAAAGCAGGCUGGAUUCAUCGCGAUUUCAGCGUCGGGAACGUAAUUUGGGUCGGGGGUAUCGGGAAAUUGGGUGACUUCGAGUACGCAAAGAAGAUAGAUUCACAAACUUCUCACGAUGUUCGAACGGGAACAAUCCAUUUCAUGGCGGUGGAAGUAGAAAGACAGAAAUACCUUUUCCGCCCACCAACUUCUUACGUCCGACCAGUUGGUAGAAAACCUGAUACAAGCCUCCCGUCCCGCCCUCCAUUUCGCAUGAAUUUCCUGCACGACAUCGAAUCCGUAUGGUGGGCUUUUACCUGGAUCUUCUUUUAUCACACGGACACGAACACGACAGACGCCAACCAUUCCCUUGAUGCUCAGUGGGAAAAAUUCCAGCUGGCAUUCCCUGGUACGGUCGGCAGCCCAUUACGCCAGGAGUUCUUCUCCAUUAUUGGCGAUCUUCAAACCGUCUGUGAUGAUGUCCUUUCAGAGACAUGCCGUGAUGUUGGCGGUUGUAUUCCUCAUUUCGCAGGUGCUCUCCAACAUGGUUAUCGAAAGGCGGAGGCAAAAUAUCCCCUGCUAGCGCUUGACGACACUCUUCUGAAUGAUAUCCACAGACAAGCUGCAGAAUAUCUCGAUGGUGCGCAACAGCGUGCUACUGGUAUAGAACUUUGUCCGCUCCCCGACCUUUUGAAGCCGAAGAGGCCCAGACCGAGAGAAGAAACAUCGCCUUCGCCAAAGAGGAAGCCUCGACAUGGUUGA